CUGCAGCCAGAGCGUCUGCACUGCUCUCUGACUGAUGAUGGCCAGCGACAAGUUCAGCCCAAACAAAACCUACAGCUCUGGAACAAACAUUACAAACAACGAUGAGCUGAGGAUUGUGAUGGUGGGGAAGACUGGGACUGGGAAGAGUGCUACUGGAAACACCAUUCUGGGUCAAGAGAGCUUUGAAUCCAAAUGCAGCGCCAAAUCCCUGACUGUAAACUGCUCCAAAAGCUCCAGUGAUGUGGAUGGACAGCAGGUUGUUGUCAUUGAUACUCCAGGUUUGUUCAACACCAGGUUUGGAAAAGAUAAAACAACCAAAGACCUGAGUCAGUGCAUCUGUUACGUUUCUCCUGGACCCCACAUCUUCCUGGUGGUCGUUCCAGUCGGCAGAUUCACAGAAGAGGAAAUAAAAUCAGUGGAAAAGGUUCAAGAAAUCUUUGGAAAGGCAGCAGACAGAUACAGCAUGGUUCUGUUUACUCGUGGAGACGAUCUUGUUGAUACCACCAUUGAUGAUUAUUUGUCUGAAAGCCCAGAACUACAGGAUCUGGUGUCCAGAUGUAACGGCCAGUAUCAUGUCUUCAACAACAAGCUGAAAGAUAAGAAACCUCAGGUCACUGAGCUGCUGAAGAAGAUCAGAACCAUUGUUGACAGGAAUGGAGGAAGUCACUACACCAGUGAGAUGUUCCAAGAGGCUGAGAGGAAAAUCGAAGAGGAGAAACAACGAAUCCUGAAGGAGAAAGAAGAAGAAAUACGUAAAGAGAAAGAAGAACUGGAGAGAAAAAUAAAAGAAAAGUAUGAUGAAGAGAUUCAGAGAAUGUUUGAACAAUUCCAGGCUGAGAGAAAGAGGGAGAAGAGAGAGAGAAAAGAGAUGAAGAGGAGAGAAAAAAGGAGAGAGAGGGGAGUGAGGUGGAGAAACGAAGAGAGUUUGCAGCCCUGA